UAGCUUGUUUCAUAGUAGUCACAAUAUUUAUGGGAGUUAUGAGUAAAGAUCGUGAAUGGUUACCAAGACCUGACUUGAAUAUGUUAUCAUGGAGUUUUGCAUUUGCUGUACUAGCUGGAUUUUUCACCAUAUUUUGUCUUUUUGGAUUAAUAACACAUUAUCUCUCAGUGGAAAGUAAACGUUUCAUGCAAGAUCCUGCAUUGAGACAAAAAUUCCUAGCAAAGAAUCCAUACUAUGCUGCGCCACAAAAGACUAUUUCAUAUUAUGAUGGAAAGACAACGGCUACUGAAUCGAAACUUGGCGGUGGUGCUGGAACAGUCCCGUCAUUGUUUACAACAGUACCUUCAACUUUCGUGAGCUAUCAUCAUCAUCAGCCUGGAUCACAAAUUGCUGGUCCGAGUAGCGCAUUAAUGGCACCUGGUAAAUCAAGUAUUCUAAGUCGUGGUACCAUUGCUCCAGGUGCUGUCGGUGGUACUGUAGCUGGUACGUCGGCAGCUACUGUAUCGGCGAAACUAAGAGAAACAUUAGAAGCUCAACGUUUAGCUGUUUUAGAAGCAAAUCUACGUGCUGCAGAAAAAAAUGAAUCAUCAUUUCAAACUGUUGACAAUGUUUAUAGUCCUAUUUCAAUGCAAUCAUUACAUGAUGCAAAUUUAAGAACAGAAUCAAGAUAUGAUAUGACACUGACAAGACAACCGGUAGAACGUUUAGACUCCACUACUACGCAUUUACAAUCUAAUGUUGCUAUGGAUUCAGCUGUAUAAAAUUCAAUUCAAUGAUCAAUUUUUUCAAUAAUCAUUUUAGAUGCAUUUUUUUUCUCUCACUAUAUUUGCACUUGUUUGUAGUAUUAAAAAAAAAGUAAAUUUAUUUAAUCAUGAG